AAUUUCAUGGCAGGUGGUCCCCACAACAUGAGGUAUAUUCAAGGGUCACAGCAUUAGGAAGGUGGAGAACCGUUGCUCUAGAGGAACAAUUCUGGUAAAUUAGGGCAAGUAGAGAUACAAAAACCUCCAGACAGAUCUUGACCAAUCCAGGACCGCACAUGUGUGGCCAGAUGUUGCCCAGAGAAGUAGAGGUGCUCAUACACCCUAUCUCUAAUAACAUCAGAACUCGGGCACCCACCAGCGGGCUUCAAGGCCUCUUGCCCACCUCUGUGGCCAUUGUCUUCUCCUACUCUUCCUCUCCUGUCUUUAACCACAGGAUAAACAGCGUGUGACUUAGCAGCACUUACAGAGGCAUGAACCUCCUGAUCGAGGAAGUCCCCAGCUGGGUCCCUUUCUGUGACAGGACAAAGUUCUGUUGCCAGUAUUAGACCUGCUGGGGUAAGAGCAGUGCAUCUAACCAAGUCCAUGAAAGUUCCCUACUUCCUUCCUGCUCUGAGUGAUCGCAUGCCCACCCACAGACCCAGGGAACAAAGCCCUCUGAGAUGACAUCAUUCAUUCAUGCACUCAGUAGUCACUGUGCCCUUCCUGUGGGCCAGGCCGGGUGCGAGGUUAUCUGUGACAUUUACACCUGCCAUCUGCAGUCCUCCGCUCUGCCCCUGAGCAGACUCAGAACCAGGGUCACCACCUCCCCUUCUCACUCUCCUGUCUCAGAUCCACACUUCUGUCAAACUCACCUGUACUUUUCUGCAUUUCCGGCCCAGAGCAUUCGAGCGCUCUGCCCCACUCAGCUGCGGUCUCCUCCCCCGGGGAUCCACCCAGCUGGCUGACUUUCCCUCACCUACCGGCUCCUAUCAAAGCCCACUACAGCUGCCUUAUCUAAAGGUACACCUGUCUCUGCUCUGGCUCCCCUGUGGUCUAACAUGCACGACCGUUGACACUGUAGCUCCGACUUUGGCGGGAGAGGUGUUUGUGGACGCCGACAGCCAAAGACUGGCUCAAGGAACCAGUGAGACUCCUCUCACCCGCAGCCUGUUGUUCAGGGUCACCGUAAGCCCAGAGAGGUCUUCCAGAAACGACAAAAGCUGACACUGUGUGUGCCGGGCUAUGAAUCUUCUCUGGGCCGGGUGGCUCACCCUGCUGUCAGGCCCCUUUCUGAUUUUGUGUCUCAGAACUGUCAUCUGUUGAGUUGAGGUUCAGACUGAGGACCUGGUAAGCUGACAGCAUGGGACAGCGGUGGUCAGGUGUGUCACGUGGCCUCCAUGACGUGGCUAGAGCUCCAGCCCAUUCCCAAAGCCCUUCCCUGACUGCUGUUGCCCUCUUACAUGAGACACCUGGCCCAAGAUCCAGCUCCAGUGUUGGUACUGAGUCUCCCCGGGGACUACCCCCCAGUACAGCCCAUACCCGCCUUCAUCCAGGUCUGAGUGUCCCAUGACCCCAGAGUGGAGGUAUUCCAGGAGCAGGAACAUAAGGGAGUACAGAUUACGUGGUCUGGCCACACACCAUUCAUCCACUUCAAAGCCUGCAGUGCUGCCUGCCCACAGUCUCUAGCAUUCCCAGCCAGACAAUCCAGUCAGAGAUGAGUCACAGCAGGAAAAAGCCGAGUCUCUGCUGCUGGGAUCGGGGAGAGGCGGGCAGGGUAAUGGUGACUUCCAAUGGGCCCACAUUCGCCAGGACAGGUGGGGUGCACUCCCUACAGACCGAAAACCAUGGUCUUGGCUCACCUGAGUCAGACAUGUCCAGCUCCUCUCAUUACUGUGUCAUGGCUCUGUCCGCAUGCAGGGACCUGGCUGGGUACUUGUUCAAAAGUCGACUGGGAGGUUGAACAUCUUACUGCUUCUUUAGAGUCCAGAGAACCCCUCUUGAAGGCCAGGGAUAUGGAUCAGGAAUAGAGUGCUUGCCUGUCAUGCAUGGGGCCCCAGGUGUGGUGGCACACAUCUGUAAUUCAGUGUUCAUCAGGCUGAAGCAGGAGGGAAUUGAGUUCAAAGACCAUAUGAGACCUGGUCUUAAAAAGUAAAAAUAGAAACAAGAAAAGAAAAUUUCAAAAGAAAAGCUGUUCUUUAUGUUGCCAUGCAUUUGCGGGGACCCCUUGAGACCCUGGAUGGGGAGAGCAUGCUGGGAAAGCACAGCCAGAGGCUAUGUGCAAAGUGGUAGCUGUGGUCCACAAUGCAGGGAAUGGUGACCCUGGUGGUGACGAAUAUCAGAGUCACAAUAGGCAACAGGAUAUGUGGAGAUUAAGAACUCUGUAGAGAGGAAUCCUGCCUUUUGGCACAUGGAGUAUUACUUUUGGCUGUCUCUGUGUAGUAUCAGACCCGAUACCAUAGUAUCAGACUAAGGUUGGCUUAUGCCAAUAUUCCAGGUACUUUUGAAAAUGUCCUCUAAACUGAGCUCUAAGCUAGUAUGCGUAGACCAUGAUGCUCUUCCAUGCUCCCAAGAUGCUCCGUGUCUAGGGUCAUUUAGAGUCGACUUGAAGGAUGUUCACAUGCUGGGGAACGCCCCGUUGUUACUGAUCUGUCACCAGCAGCCAAGGAAGCUUUAUGAAGAGAUCUUGAAAGCUGGUAGGAGUUCUCCAAAUAGACAGGCCAGGAACAAUAUGCUAGGGAGAGAAGAUAGCCCCAAAGUCCAAGAGACCCACUGUAGUCUGAUUGUGGGCUGUCUAGAACACCAAGGGCAACAGAUCUCCAUGGACGCCACAGGCUGUACCAGGAGGGGCAGGAUCCCUGUGCGCACAGCUCUUCCUUGAUCUCUUUUCUGUGACCUUGAGCAGGAAACCACCGUGAGCCUCUGUUUCCUCAUCUGCAAAAUUGAAAUGACUUUCCUCAUCCCUAAGGUCUUGUCCCAGUGGGGCAGGUGACUCUAAGUGACACUUAGCAAGUGUUCUGCUAAUGUGAACUACGUGUGUAGAACCAAGUGUCCCCAAAGUCUCCCACAUCGGACUGUCUACUUGACUGAGCUUCCGACCAGAUGUAAAACAGGGAUUCUUAAGCCCUGGACUGUAAGACACCUGUCCCCCCAUGCCUGGAGAAUCAUCAGCCUUCACUUCAGUUCAGUGAAGCAGCACCCUAAGGGAAGGCCCUCAAGAGAAGGUGACCUGCACCUCUCCAUGGCAUUUGGUGUCCCCAGGAGCAGCACUACAGGAAGUACCUUCAGCGCCCACUGAUUAAACACCUACAUUAUCCCAAUGCACUGGAGAGUUAGGAGGACCCAAGGCUGUAGUGAGGAACUGGAUAUGUUCCUGGAGGUGUCAGGGAGCUGUGGAAGGGGCUUGAGCAAGGGAUUGACAUCUGCUCUGUCUCUAAAAGAGACUUCUCAAGGAUCGGAGAGAUGGCUCAGUGGAUAAGAGACUUUCUCUGUAAGUGUGAGGACAUGAGUUAGAAUCCCAGCACCUGCAUAAAAAAAAAGCCAGCAGUGGCCAUGUAUGCCUAUAACCCCAAAGCUGUGGGUGGGGAUACAGACAUGGCUCCAGAUUCAGUGAGAGAUGUUUAGAGGGAUUAAGGAAGAUAAUGCUAGAGCGGGAUGUCUGAUGUCUCCCUCUGGCCUUCACAGGCGUACAGGAAUGCACAAGCACGCACUUGUGCACAUGGGGCACACACACACACACACACACACACACAUCUUCUGAGGCAAUAGGAUGAGUUGUCAGCUCACUCACAUGCCCCCCUUUACAUACACAUGUGUGUAUGUACACACGGACGUAGUAACCCCUACACAUCCACAAAUGUGAAUGCAGACAUCGGUUCUCACAUGUUAUCUCUGAAGACAAAGGUCACCAGCCUUAAAAUUCUUCUUUAAUCUUCUGGUGUGUCAUUGGUUCUCUUAGCAGCCUGGGGGGAUCACCUCCCCAGGUCAAAACUCUCCCUUGGUUUCUAUGGAGACCAAGAGUGAAUGUCAGGCCAGCCGAGGGUUCGCACUGGGAAAGCUGAGCAAUGUCAGAGGUGAGUGGCAAGUCACUACCUGCAGAGGUGUCCCCAGAUCAGCUGCAUUCCUCCUGUCCCCACAGAGAGCAAAGUGAGCACCACCGUGAGGCCUAUCACACACACCGGGUACGCCUGAAGCGUGUUCCAAGCUUAUCCUUGCUUUCCCAGGAAGGACGAGAGCUUCAAGGAGGUGAAGCAACUUUGGCCAGAGUCAAUGCCAGGAAGUGGCUCCAUUGACUUUAGUAUUAAGGGGACGGGAAGAAGCCCAAAGACAGUUGCCUUGUUCACUUACUAAACAGAAAGGCCAGUGUUUCCAGGCAGUGUGCUCACCAAUGGGCUCCGCCCAACCUCUGUGUCGGUUUGGAACAGAAAACACGUGAAAGGGGCUUCUAAGUGAGGCGAGGCUAAGAACCUCUGGGGCUGACUCUCACAGGUAGAUUCUGGCCACGUGAUGCGAUCCCCAGUGUCAGGGAGGCUGUUAGUCUCUGAGACGGAGGGAAGGUGCAGGCUGUUUCCUCCUGGACUCAGCACCCCAAAAGUGCAUUUUAGGGGGCUGGAGAGAUGGCUUACACGUUAGUAGCAAUGGCUGCUCUUCUACAGGAGCCAUGUUUGGUUCCCAGCACCUAUAUGGUAUCUGACAACUGUCUGAAAUGCUAGGUCAAAGGGAUUCAAAGUCCUCUUCUGGCCUCUAAAAGCAGCAGGCAUACAAGUGGACACAGACAUAUGGGCAGGCAAAAUACCCAUCCACAUAAAAUAAUAAAACUCUUAUAAAGUGCAUUUCAGUUUUUGAAAUUAAGUGUGCCACUUUAUAAAAAGCAAAAUCCUACGCUGUGUCCUUUGGGGACACACAAGGAGGGAUUGACUGGGUUCAGACCUUUAAUGGCAUGAAAUCACAUCGCUCUGAAAAUAUUUCCCCUUGUAAAGUAGUAUUAAAGUGACCUGGCAUAGCGUAGCUACACUGAAAAUCCAGGUGUCACGCAGAGUUCAUGUGGGAAUAGGUUGGAAUGGAGGAGAGGUGCUUCCCUCCCACUGGCUUUUAUUUCUAAAUUGGUGACCUAACAUAUUAGGUACCUUCCAAAGGGAUGUGCUGGCUGCUGGGGGCAUGAGAGAAAAACAGGUCUGGAGUCUCACCCCAGCCUGUAGUAGGCAGCUGUGUGGUCUUGGCCAGGCUCCAAGACUUCUCUAAGCCUCAAUUUCCUCAUGUGCAAAAUUAGGGGAAAAGCAGCACUCUUGGUUCUCAGAGCAAAAUGAAAUACAGUUUGAGCUGGGAGUCAGGGAACCCCCUCCCAAAGCCAGUCAUGAAGCCUUGAGCAAGCUUCUCUCUCCUCCGGGUGUUUCCCCUAUGCAAUGUGCACUUUGGACCAGUCUUAAAGGAUCCAUCCAGCCCUGAUAGCCCUAAGGCACUCAGGAUGCUACAGUCUAUGGAUGAUGUGGAGACAGUGAGUCUUCCACAGUAGAACUCCACAGCAUCACACUCUACUCCUGGGUCCGCACAAGAGAUCCACCCUCCACACAUCACUGUGACCCCAACACCUGCCCUUGUACCCAUACCUUGUAGCCCAGGGACCCCAGCCUAGGAGCAUGUUCACAAGUCCCACCCCACCAAGUGAUGAGUCAAGUGAUGUAAACACACAGCCUCUCGACAUGGUGGGUGCUAUAGGCGUCCCAUCACCUGCCUGUUUGUGUCUCCACAGGUGAGUGGAGGGGCUGUCCCCUCAAGAAGUCAGAGCUGUGCUCGUGGGCAGGCUGGCUCCGCUGUUCUGCUCCAAGGAUUACAUGUCCUUCAAACGCCCUUGCCCCUUAGCACGAUACAACCGCACCAGCUACUUCUACCCUACCACAUUCUCCGAGAGCUCUGAGCACAGCCACCUGCUGGUGUCUCCAGUGCUGGUGGCAAGCGCUGUCAUAGGUGUGGUCAUCACCCUCUCCUGCAUCACCAUCAUUGUGGGAAGCAUCAGGAGGGACAGACAGGCCCGGAUCCAGCGACACCACCAUCGCCACCACCGCCACCAUCACCAUCACCACCACCGCCGGCGCCGACACCGAGAAUACGAACAGGGCCAAGCGUCCGUCGGACACAUGCUCAACCACUCCAGCCACAGGACGCCCUAUGCCUGUAGCCCUGCUGAGGACUGGCCCCCGCCCUUGGACAUCAGCUCUGAUGGGGAUGUGGACAUCACAGUGCUCAGGGAGCUGUACCCAGAUUCUCCACCAGGCUAUGAGGAGUGCGUGGGACCAGGGGCCACUCAGCUGUACGUCCCCACGGAUGCACCACCACCCUACUCGCUGACUGACUCCUGCCCCGUGCUGAAUGGUGCCCUGGACUCAGGCAGCGGCCACAGCCACAGCCAGCACCAGCAGGAGCAGAGGCCCCAAGGGCAGAGGGGCUUCCACACUGUCUCCAUGGACACGCUGCCACCUUAUGAAGCUGUGUGUGGCGCAGGCUCCCCAUCUGACCUGCUGCCACUGCCAGGACCAGAGCUCCGGCCAACUAGCUCCCAGGGUUCACCCUCCCCAACCCAGGCUCCAACUGCCAGCCCCGAGAGGAUUGCAACCCUGACUAAUCCACAUUGCAGAGGGGACUCUGGAAUCGAAUACAAGCACCAAACAUAAGGACCUGCUAAGGCCAGCUCCGGCCCAAGCCUCACCUCAGUCCCACCUGCUCUCCACUGCAUGAGUUGCCCUCUCUGCUGUCAACAGUGGAGCUAACCUGGAUCACACUGUUUCUGUGGCCAGGCCUCCUGGUUCUGGGCCAGGGCAGGGGCGGUGGGGGGGAGCCUGCCUGCUGUUGUGUCAGGUGAGUCAAGGCCAUGUCCCCAGCUGGGCCUCAGUGCAUUCCUCUACUCCUGUCCUUAAGAAAGGAGGGCCAGGCAGUCCUGGAAAAUCUUUGCAGUCAAUUCCUCAGCCCACAGGGCUUACCACACGACUGCCUGGGUGGCCUCUUUAGACAUAUGAUGGCUGGGUUUGGUUUCCAGGAAGUACCCACAUGUCUGUGAAGAUUCAAUACCCUUUUCUGACCUCUGUGAACACAGGACAUAUAGUAUGCAUACAGACAUGUAAGCAAAAAAAAAAAAACCCACUCAUACACUCAUAAAAUUAAAAAAAAAUCUAAAAAAAAGUUUAAAGCAAUAUAGAUAGCUCUUGAGGACUAACAUCCAAGGUUAUCCUUUGGCCUACACACACACACACAC